CAGGGGGGCCCGGAGCCGGGGAGGGUGCGCGCGCGUCUCGCUCCAUGCCUGCGGCGGGGAGAGGCACUCGCCACCCUCUGCUCCCCGGCCCACCCGGCCCACCGACAACGAGCCUGCGCGUGAAGGCUGCGGGGCCCCGGAGCAGCCAGCAGACGCCCUCCGUCCCGAAACGAGCACAGGGCUUGGGGCUGUGCGCCUGCACAGAAGUCCCGCUUCCUGAGGACGUUUUCAAGAGGUCGCCCUUUUAUGGUGACAUUGCUCCACUCACCUGACACUGCAUGACAGCAGGGCAAGAAGCUGCAGGGUUUGGUUGGUGAAUGCUGUCACAAGCAAACCCCAGGAUGCCACCGCACCCCACCCUCGCUGACAGUCCUCAAAGGCACCUAACUCCUUGGCUACAAAGCCAGCGUCACCUUGAAAACGUUGUUGACUCAGAAGUCAGCUGUUUCAGCCACAGUGAAAACCUGCUGAAUGUCCCAGCCGGUGGCACGCCCCACCCGCCGGGGAGGAAUGUGACCUGCACAAAGGGGCAGUGUGUGUGUGUCCUGCCCAGGCUCCAUCCCAGGAGGGCCCAUCCCGUGUUGGCAUCCAGGGCGCGGCCCCGGGGGCAGGGUCCCGCCCAGCCUCUCCUGGCGCCUCGCGCUCCCCGAAGCCCAGCUCCCAUGCAAGAAUGCUGCACAGGCCUGUUGGAGGCCUGGAGGCCUGUGUGCCCGCAAAAAUGUCUGGGGAAAGCUGCAAAGCUUCGAACAAGUUCAAAGCACUGUGUGAACACAUCUUUCCAGGGUGAAAUGGCUGCUCUGGGACAGACAAUCCCCCCUAUGCCAAACUCUGUUCUCCUGAGACCCGGCCUUGGCCCAGGGGCGGGCCGCCUACUUGGGCACGGGCCUGCCCAGGUAACAAAGCUCAGAGAGAAACAUCCAUGUGGCCUCAGGCUAGUGGCUGGAGACACUGCUCAGCAGCACCCCAGUCCUAGAGUCUGGAGCCACUCUGGAAAGGAGCCCCUGAAAGUCAAGUUGCUUCCAUCAGAACUGCCAGGCCUCAGGUACAGGCAGCAGUGUCUCAGUCCAGCCACCCAGCCUCCCCAAGUCAGGAGCAACGGCGCCUUCUCUGCACAGCCCUUCUGCGCAGAUAUCUGCUCCCAUCCCCUCCUUCUGGGUGACAGGCCCCUGGCCAGGCCCUGGGGACUGAGACAAAGUCUUCUUCUGGGCUCAGCCCCGCUGGAACUCUGUGCAGCCCUCAUUGCAGACAGAGGCCCCCCAGACCCGGGUAGUGAGAGCACCCCGCGGUCCAGGCCUGGCUCCUGUCCACACCCAGCCCCAAGCGCCCACACUGUGAAGAGGCCGAGGAGGACGCAGCUCCUCGCCAGCUGAGGGCACCUCUGCCUUGAGCUGCAAUCUGAAAACCAAAUCCCCCCUUGGGAACCUCACAUUAACUUAACGCCACUCGGCCCUGUCCUUCUGUGCACGCCGACCACCACCCACCCUGCCGAGCCUCGGGCCAUGAGCUCCGUCCCCUCCCCAAGUGCCAGCCCAGGGCAGGCAGCCCGGGGUCAAAAGCAAGGCAGACUGUGGGGUGCCGUGGCCGAGAGCAGGCAGCGGCAGCUCCCUUUCCCCUGGUCGUCCUGCCCUCAGGAGGACAGGCCGUUUUCCUCACUCCCGUCUCCUGGGGCCCCAUCCUG